UAAAUCGACGAGAUAUUAACCAUUGGAAAUCAAUCUCACAUUCAAUUCGUAACGAAUUCAUUUCGAGCAAGCAGUCAGUGAAGAAUUUGAUUCUUUGACAGUGUGGAAUUUCAUUAUUCUUUUCAUUAACAAUGACCUGCGCUGUACCUUGAUACAAAGCGAUUAUUUUUUGUUCUAGAUAAAUAUUAUUUCUGUGCAAUUUUGCAAAAUAGCAUUUGAAAAAUGACGUUUAGCAAUGGAAAAACAGUGGAACAAAAAGACCUUACGAUUGGAGAAAAAGUAAAAAAUGGUUAUAAUCCAAUGAUGGAAGGGGUUCGUUGGUCCGAACGCUCAUUUUUUGCAUCGAGGAUAGAACAAAUAUGGAAAUAUAUUCCAAAUUGGUUGGGCCAAAUAUUUGUCACCAUUGCCAUAUUUUUAUUCGCCUCCGGCAUACAAGGUGACUGGAUCACUAUUAUAGUACACUAUUUCAAACAUAUUGAACAGUCUAACUCACAAAAUGAGAAAUUGAUCACAGCACAUGCUUGGCCCGACGAUAAGAAUGGAUCCUUACUAUUUUUCAUCAUCGUUUCGGCAAUUUCGUCAUAUGGUCUUUAUUUUGUCAUUGGCGGAUUUUUACAUUGGUAUUUUUAUGUUCGACAACGCGACAAAAGCCACGAAUGGAAAUGUCAACCGGAAAUAUUCAUGUCACCUGAACUCGAACGACAUGAAAUGCUGUUUGGCUCAUUGUCGUUAGGUGUUGUGAGUUUUUUAACGGGAUGCAUCUCUUGGUAUGCAGCAAAUGAUGGCAAAUACUUGAAAAUAUACUAUCGAGCUGAUGAAUAUGGAUGGUUGUGGUUUUUCCUACAAAUUCCAAUCGUAUUUAUGUAUCAAGAUUACCUAACGUACUGGAUCCACAGAUUUUAUCAUUAUCCAUUUUUGUACAAACAUUUCCACAAAUUGCACCACAAAUAUAAGCAACCGACAGCAUUUUCAGUGUCCGCAAUUCAUCCAGUUGAAAUAGUGAAUGUGCAAAUGGCUUUGGCGUCUCCAAUGGUCUUAGUGCCUGUUCAUUGGAUUUUAUUUUAUGGAAUUCUUAUAUAUACCUACUACCAUGGCAUCAUUGACCAUUCUGGCAUUGCCUUCAAAGCACAAUGGUGGCAACCUUGGCAGCCGGACGCCAUCUUCCACGAUAACCAUCAUCAAUAUUUCCAUGUGAACUAUGGAUUCAAUAUUUGGAUUUGGGACAAGCUGCACGGUACAUACCGUCGCAAAAAUCGUGUUUACCGUGAGGAUAUUUUCUAUGGCAAAGGAAAAGCGUUCGACGAAGUGUCAUCAGAAAUAUUGGCAAACGAUUUGGCCGAGCGAAAAUCCGAGAAUCCACUUGCAUACCGGGGCAACUACAAUGAAAACGAUCUUACUGAAGAUGAUCUUAAGACGAAAUAGCUGUACAUAGAUCUAGAGCUAUAAUUUACUAUAAUUUUUUUUAUCACUGCUUUUUUAUCACAGAAAUCUUGUGAAAAUGCGAAAAUAUGUUUGGUUUUUGGUUUAAAAAAAAUUGCAAAUUUAUUCAACGGUUUUCAAAAAAAAGUUCAUUGUUCUUAUGUUUUUAAAUUCUAAAUGAUUUGUUUGGUUUGCUUUUUUUGGAUCAACAGUGAGCAAUGUGGUUCAGAAAGUCAAGAAGAGUAUGUAGAAUAAUGGCUAAAAUUAACUUAUAAAUAAGAGUUUGUACGAGAAUAUAAUAAUAAUAAUAAAAAAAAGAAAUGCAAAUUCAAACAAAAAA